AUGUUGCUUCAGGACGACUUGACAGCGCAGCAGCUCGCAGUCAUUUCUCGCGUCGCGCUGCUGCUUCAGCAGGUGACGUUGUCGACUGCGAUCUCGAAACCGACCUACGGCAUCGGUGCCGUACGCGAGGUUGGCGAGACAACGGGGGCGACUGUGGUGACACUGCCUGGCUUGAAAACUGCCGGCAUCGGGUGUGGGGUAACGGCAGCGCAGAUUUACACCAACACACGCGAUUGCUCAGCGAACGGCACCAAGGAGAAUGCGGCAGAUCGAGCAGUCUUGCAGAAACCUCUGCAAAUUCCCCUAGUGAACACCGACGAAAGCGUUAACACGCUGCGGCAGCUCGGCUGGCUACUAGAUGAGGCCACACAGCAGCUGCAAGCGAGCGUGGACGCACAGCUGGUGGACUUUUAUGCUCACUUGAGAGGGAAAGCUAGUGCAACGCUGCCAACGGGGUCGGAGCUGAAGGAGCGGGUGACGCUAGCACAUGGCUCUCGGCAGGACCGCUUGACAUCUCCACUGAUUUCGCGAGCGCUCUCGAGACGGGUGCCACAGCCAUUGCAUCUGGCCAUCGGCCCGUCUUGGCUCAACGAUGACAAGGGUGCCGGCGCUCGGACUGAGUCUGCUGGGUCCUGCACUACCUUCCCACUUGACAUAAAUGGUGCUGAAGAAGCCCUCCCUGCAAGUAAUACUACUGCGGGAGCGGCGGCCUCCGCAACGGCAACUCCAGGCGUGGACUGCGUGCGCACCGAGAGCCCUUUUGUGCCGCUCGUCAGUAUAUCCACGGCUCGUCCGCUUAAUGCACAGCAGCCCCAACGCUGCGCCCAAUCUCGCGUCAGCAGCUCUAGUGGACUUCACAACGCACCGAUGGCACGCCGCCUCGAAGAAGAGCGUGCUGCUGCGUCGGAGCUGCAGUCAUUUUUCUCUCUCCUAUUGGAGGCUGCUCUGCGACUCUCCGGCGCCUCUGCAGCGGCUGUGUACAUGGACGAUGCACUGCCCUUGGGUACCGGGGGAGCAGGGGAGACUUUCUACCACCCCACGACCACCGUGGCAGCCGCCUCAGGCACUGCUGGCAGUGGCCGAGCGCAGUUCCUGCACUGCGUUGCCCACUCGCGCGGCCACUUCCCCUCCAGCAUCAGCUACGCCACCUCUAACGUUCUAACAACGGUGGUGACCACAGGCGUGGCGGUGAACGUCCAUUAUAGCGAGUCCUCACUCCUGCACUUCGGUACAAGUGGGAACUUCAGGCCUGGCGCUUCCGACUCUGGGCGCCAUUCCAUGCUGACUGGCGGCAGCACCACUGUCACGGACGCUGCUGGCCGUCGACUUGGCAACGGCAGCAGUAGCUGCGCCGGCCACUUGUUCUUGGACAUGUACAACGGCGUCAUUGUCCCGAUCAAGGGCAUUGGUUGCCUUGUGCUGGCCAAUAAGGUGAAGACGGCGGCCUCUGAUGUGACGUCGCCGCGCUUCAGCAUCUUUGACGAGCACGUUGCGUGGAGUGUCGCGCUGCUGAGCGAGGCCAUCCUGCACCAGUACGAGCGCCAGCUGCUCUUGCGUGCCUCGUGGUCUCCAUCAUGCGUUAAUGCGCUGCGGCCGUAUAUUCAGGAGAACGGGCCGCUGCCCAGCAGUGCGAACCGCUUGCCCGCCCGUGACGGCGCGUCAGUAAUGCGAGAGCGGAGAGGGCUGCAAAGCAGAGUGACCUCGAAGCGCCUUUUCACUGUAAAAAGUGCCGCUGCCGCGAAGCUGUCUGCCGUCGAUGUGGACAACGCCGCUGUCUCCUCGCUCGUCUUUGAUCCACAGAACGACAUCUUCUCGAGGACACUAACGAUGGUACGAACGGGCGAUCCGCAGGUGUUGAAGGCUCUUCCACCAGAGCUGCGUGCUUUUUCUUCCAUCUCCUCUUCCCGAAGGGCGGUCAACACCGUCAGUGGCGCCGUGGUCCCAGAAGCGGUGACGUCGGGAUCGUCCGCAAAGCUCAAUGAUGAAGAGGUGUUCCAAGCGGCGGCACAGUACAUUACGAACCUCGAGUCCCUGUGGCGCAGGACCAUCUCGGAGAGCAACACGAUGCGCAUCAUGGUCGAGAACUACAACAAGGAGAUGCAAAGGCAAGAGGAGACUAUUGCUCUGUUAGAGGCGAAGGUACGAGAGCUCAAUGUGCACAUGGCACAGCUUGAGCGCCGCGGCAACGGUACGCGCUUAAGCGCGGCGUAG